AAGUGUGUUGGCUCUCAGAACCCAGGCUCCAUCACAUGGCUGAAGAACAAACAGCCAAUGGCAGCAUCUGAACGAGUGCUUUUCUCCCCUGACAACACCGCAGUCACCUUCAGUCCUCUCCUGCAGGCAAAUGAAGGUUUAUACCAAUGUGUGGUGGCAGAGGGGGGGGAGCCCAUCCAGUCUGUUGACUACAAGAUGCAAGUUGACUACGGGCCGUCUUCAGUGGUGAUCAGUGGGCUCAAUGUAAUGACUGUAGGAAUAGCGUAUGAUUUCCAGUGCUCAGCCAGCUGUCACCCGACAUGCCAGUUCACCUGGACCAGGGGUAAUGUGACCUAUCAGGGCUCCAAUCUCAGCUUGCAUUUUAAGGAACUACUGCCAACACAAAACCUGACCUGCACUGCACUCAAUCCAGCUACAGGAAUAUCAGUCACUGCACAAAAGACGCUGCUAGUGAUAUCUGGACCAUCAAAUGUACAGAUCAGCGGUCCAGCCUUUCUGAUUGCAGGAGUUGCUUCCAACUUUACCUGCUCAGCUGACUGCUACCCGUCCUGCAGCUACUCCUGGACCGCUGGCUGGGAAUGGGAGACGUUCAGUACUGCACAGGUCAACACCAUUUCUGUCACUCCACCUGCUAGUUUUUUUGGCACUGAAACUCUGAUCUGUAAGGCCCAGGACACCGCCUCAAAUCUCUACAUCUAUAGGGCUCGGCAGCUGCAGGUGGCAAGUUUAUUCAACAUUAACAUCGCUGGUGACAGUGCCGUGGCAAUUGGAAAAACGUACACAUACACAUGCUACGUCACAUGUACUCCGUCCUGUGUGUUCACUUGGACGUUCAUGGGGAAGACUUACGAGGGCGAUCAGCUGCAGAUCACUGUUAGUGAUUACCCUAAAACUGGGCCUCUGACCUGUGAGGCAACCAACAAUGUGUCUCACACCACUAUCAGCGCCACCAAGAACCUCACUGUCAUUGACCCAUUCUCAGUGCGUCCCAGCUCCCAGGCCCUGCCGGCUGCCGGCAAGCCUUUCUCUCUGCAGUGUGUUGGCCCCCAGGUUCCAGCCUCCAUCACAUGGCUCAAGGACAGACGGCAAAUGCCAGCCUCUGACAUAGUGCAUUUCUUCCCUGACAACGCCACAAUCACCUUCAGCUCUCUCUUGCGACAGGAUGAAGGGGUAUACAAAUGUUUGGUAGUGGAGACUGGGAACCUCACUACCAACCCAUUGGUAGCAGGUGAGGAUGGAACCCCCAUCCUGUCUUUUGGCUACCUGAUGCAAGUAAUAUAUGGGCCAGAUGAGGUGCUGAUUGUGAAACCCGACAAAGAGCCGGUGGGUGAGAUGAUGUUCACUCAGCCUGGAUCCACAACAGAGCUGCAGUGUUUAACUGACUGCUUCCCCGCCUGCUCCAUCAACUGGUUUUACCGAGGCUCGCUCCUGGCUACAAAUGCCUCCAUACGAGGACGCCCUCACCUGUACAGCAUUUAACCCGGCGACAAAGAAAAACAGAACAGCUGAGACCAUAGUGGUGGUGCCUGAUGGGCCUAGGAAUGUGAUAAUUAAAGGACCAGAUACUCUUGAAAUCGGGGUCACAGGGAGCUUUACGUGCUCCGCCGAGUGCACCCUUUCCUGCAGCUUUAAGUGGACCUUGUACGGGAAGACUGUGACCGGUAGUGGGGUUGAUAUCACCGUCAACCGCCAAGUUUCCGAAGAGUCCAUCAGCUGCCAGGCUGAGAACACAUUCACCAGGAAGACGGCGGCUGUCAACCAGACGCUCAGUGUCUCAGAUCCUAACUGGUGUGGAUGUUAAGACACUGGAAGAACAUUCUUCAACUACAUUCUCCCAAAUUGCAAAUGCUCCGAGCACAGUUCUAGUUUGGUAAUCUUUAAAUUACAGUUAUAGUUUGGUAAUCUUUUUACUAAUGACACUAAGGCUGUAUUUGCUCAAGCAUCAUUUACUGUGACUGUGAUGGACUGGCGCCCUGAAUAGGGUGUUUCCCUGACUUCCAUGCUGGGACAGGUUCCAACCUCUUUGUGACCCUGAACAAGAUUAAGACGGAUAUAGAGAAAGGAUAUAUGGAUUGUGUGCGCGAGUGAUACGUUUUUCAGGUUUUAAUUACACGAGGCUAAUCUCGUUUUCUUUCAUGAUGUUAUUUCCAUUUGUCUUGCCAAACACUAUGCACUAUUAUGCUUAAUAAACAAGGAACUACUUUA